AUGGCUGAUCUGCAAGCACUACGGGAUGAGCUGCUAGGGCAGCUCUGCAGGCGGUGUGCCGGAUGUGACAAGCAUGAUGCCAACGGGGAGGGUGGCGGAACUCAGGAUGGUGGGUCUAAACCGGUGAAGGAGCCGGUGCGUGUGAAGUCCCCGGAGGAAAUUGCCCGCGACUUCAUCAACGCGGAAACCGGGGGCUGGCAGUACAAACCUCCUUCUAACGUUUACAUACUCGCGCAUCACCUUGCUUCCAUGGCAGAAAUUUUGCAGCAAGCUGACGACGUGUUUCUUCUGGACAAACAGCUUCGCAAGAAGGUGCUUGUAGCACUGGGCAUCAAGAGAAGAAACGACCACGAUGGUGUCGAGGACCCCAAGGAGCUUGACGACGCCGAGCUGUUGAUCGGCUAUGGGAACGAGCCACUGCAGGGCACGGCAGCGCCUAACCUGCUCCUUUCCCCCCAUCUCCGUCUCGCCCCUUCCUUUACUCUCUGCCUGGCAGAGCCACUGCAAGGCACGGCAGCGCCUAACCUGCUCCUUUCCCCCCAUCUCCGUUAUCCCCCAGCCUUACUCUCUGCCUGGCAGAGCAACUGCAAGGCACGGCAAUGCCUAACCUGCUCAUUUCCCCCCAUCUCCGUUAUCCCCCUGCCUUACUCUCUGCCUGGCAAAGCCACUGCAGGGCAGCCACUGCAGGGCACGGAAGAUUCUAACCUGCUCCUUUUCCCCCAUCUCCGUCUCGCCCCUGCCUUACUCUCUGCCUUGCAGAGCCACUGCAAGGCACGGCAGCACCUAACCUGCUCCUUUCCCCCAUCUCCGUUAUCCCCCUGCCUUUCUCUCUGCCUGGCAGUGCCACUGCAGGGCGUAGAAGAGCCACUGCAAGGCAUGGGAGCGCCUAACCUGAUCCUUUCCCCCCAUCUCCGUUAUCCCCCUGCCGUACUCUCUGCCUGGCAGAGCCUCUGCAAGGCACGGAAGAUUCUAACCUGCUCCUUUCCCCACAUCUCCAGCCACUGCAGGGCGUAUAAGUUGGAAUACCCGAUCUUGGAGAAGACCGCCGACGGGAAGUUGAGCAGCAAACCCGACUACAACAGGCCAUUGUACGAGGAGAAAGUCAAGUGGUGCUGGAAGUGGGUGGAGCAUGCCGUCACCAACCUUGGGGUGGGCUAUGAUGAAGACAGGGACGUGUUUGUGUUUGGCAACGGCAUCCUCGUUGAUGCGAGUGACUACGCGGCUGGAUUCAAGAAGACGACUAUUGUUCUGAAGUAG